ACAUAUCGCAUACGUUGAGUUCUGCUGCCCCCGAGAGGAGAAGGAACGACAACAACAAAGUCGCAGCGCGAGCUAAGGUCCAGUUUUAAAUCUCUGGCCUCUACUCUGGACUAAUCAUAGCCACAUACACGUCAAAUGCCUCUGCAUUGUGUAGAGCAGAAAUUUAAUCUGACACAAGUCUUCUCAGUGGAUACAUUUCACUUACCUAUUCUUACUGAUGUGCAUGUGUUUGCUGCUUUGGGAUCGUGUUUGAGUUUCAGUGUUAUAUUAUAGAUCAACUCCUGCCUGGAUCGACAAGGCGGAGUUACACGCAGAAACGUCGACCUGCUGAGAUCUCACCUGACAAAAGCCCCAGCUGGCAACAACACCCGAGGUUCUGACUCUGAGAUGUUUGCAGAACUGGCGCGGCUGCUUCCCAAUGCCAAAGACAUGAAGCAGGACAAAUUGUCUAUCCUAAGACUGCUGCUGUCCUAUCUCAAGUUCCGUGAAGCGCUAGACAGUGACGAAGCAGAUCUGACAGAAGCUCUGAGUAGUACUGAUUCAGACGCCUUGACCUUCGAGUCUACACAUGACAACUCCAGCCCAGAAAACUCCUUUAACCCUUACUUUGCUUGCCUCCACCAGCCUGAUACAACGCUACUUGAUAAUGACGGGAGCAUCCUGGGGGGACAUUUAAAUGGAGUUAACAACAGACUGACUCGAAACAAAAUCAGCUUGCCAGAAAAAGUUGUUGAGGAGAUUGAGACAACGUUUUUCUCAAAAGAGGAAGAUUCUGAAGUGAAGAAGGAAAGACUGCAGCGAUAUAAGGAGGGGCUGGAGAGUGGUAUGCUGGAGUUCCUGGGACAGCCUGAAAUUAACAGAACUAGUGUAGUGUCAAGUCGGUCUUCCAUCCCACUCAAAGGGAGUGUGGGGAUACCAAAUAACUCGAAGCCCUUGAAGAGGUCAAAUAUCAGAAGGUCAAAGGACAGUUCAUAUGGAAGUGACAACAACAGCGAUCUGACAGAUGAUCACGAUGAAAAAGACAAGGAUGAUGAGAGAGAUGAAGACGAUGAAACAGUUGACAAAUCGCUUUCACUGGCAGAACAGGAUUGUGCAGAAGUUGGGGUGUCCUAUUUUACUUCUCCUGAUAUACUUGAAGGAGAGAUGAUGCUGGAGGCGACCGGAGGGUUUUUGAUGAUGCUGGACCGAAACCUUACCAUCAUCUAUGUCUCUGAGAAUGUCGACCAGUUCCUUGGCCGUUCACAGGCUUUCUACUUUGGGCAGGCAGUCUCCGAUUUCGUCCUGGACAAAGAUUAUCCGGAGCUCCUGAGACAGACAAGAGAUGAACAGUUCCAUGCAGAAACUAACUCUGCAGCUCUUCCUCCUUGGUUCGUGAACCGGCGAUUCCACCUUGCGAUGCUCUAUUGCUUCCAAAAGCCUGGCUCUCGCCACAAGGAUGUGGGAUGUACACUCUUUCAGUGGAAUUUAAAACUUCGCCUGCGCAGGAACAAAGCCAGUGGAAUAAUCGAGGUGAAAGGAGCCACUGUGUUGUGCCGUCCUGUUCGAACAAAUUCGAUUCUGGAGAUCAGGAUGGACGGUAGCAUGUGGCGUUGCACUAUGGACCUGCACUUCAGCUAUACUUACGUAGAAGAAAAAGUAUCGUUCCUCAUCGGCUAUGCUCCGACUGACUUGAUUGGCAAGAGGGCCCACAUGUACAAGAACCCAUGUGAUCUGCUCACCUGUAAAUCAAGUGCCAAUCACUUGUACACCCAAGGCAAGGCAGAGUCAGGCUACUAUCGGUACUUGACCCGAGAUGGAGGAUGGGUCUGGAUGUUCACAAUGAUGACUAUUGUCUAUGACUCUCAAAAAAAUCCUCAGUUCAUCAACUGUGCGAACUACCUUGUCUGCGAGGAAGAGGUGGAAAGAGUUCUAUCUCGAGACAGGAAGUCAUACGAGAGAAUGAGAAGUUUGGGCUUCAUGCAAGAUGACACGCUGAAUCCAACCACGUCAAAAACACUUGCUCACGUAGAUAUAAUGAAACAGAAAAAAAACAUGGGAAAACGAAAAACAGAAGUUUUGUCAAGGCUACCAGAUCUCGUUGAAAACUCCAGUAUAAUGUUUCCAGUUAGCCCAAAUGAAGAGACACCAACCUACCCAGCAGGUUGUGGCCCAGAACAUCAGAAAAGAGUGCAUGGGUUGUCUUACGAUGGUAUGAUUCAAAAACGCAGAAAAUAUGAUGCGAUAACUCCACCCAUUGCCACAACAAAAGAUAGCAUUUACAUCUAUAAGCCUGUAGAAGAGCAAACGUCAGGGUCAGAUCUACCACAACAAAGUUCAAGUUCCUCUGCUUCAAAGUCACCAGACAACAAUGGACUAGGGGACAUUACCACUUUACAAGUUGAUCAAUCAGUUGAAAAUUUUAUCUCCAAAGAUAUUGGCUUAAUGGACUUUCUCCUUGAUUCGCCACCUUCCGAAAAUGUGGAUGUCUCCAUGGGUUCCUCAGCCGUGACUUCAGGGUCAAGUGUUCAGAGUUCAAGUAUAUCAUUUGAGACCAGAGAUGCAAGUGACAGGUUGUUGAGCUCAGAGAGUCAGACUUCUGUCUCCAGUAUGAAUCUUGUCUGGUCUGAUCUUCCCACAACCCUUGAUUCAAAAGCCACAGAGGAUAGUGCGCAGUCUUUUCAGAGUGUAUUGGGAGUUGAUGUUCCGGUUACUUCAGCUAUAGCACAUUCAGGCGUCCCAUUAGGCAGCUUAGUGGAGAGCAUGAGUGGGGACUCUUUUUCUUACACUUCACCCCAAGCUGAGGGAGCAGGGAAUCCUGCUAAUAUCGAUGACUCUUACUCUAAUUUUGACAUUCUGAAAGACAAUUUGUGCAUCUUCGGCAGUUUACCCGACUGUAGCGACAUCUCUUCACAGUCUUUACAAGUAACGGCUUCAAUACAGAGUAACUUGUCUUUCCCGUCAGUCUCAACUGCACCCAGUUCUGAUAAAGUGAUUUCCACAUUUGACCCUACUCCAUCGACCUUUCACCCUACUCCAUCGACAUCAUUGGUUCCCUCCCUUGACUCAACUACAUCAACGUUGCACCCUACCACAUCACCAUCCAUGGACAAGGCUAUUUACCCAAGUCAGAGUACACCAUCACUGGACACUGAUAUUUCAAUGCCGUACCUCAGCCAAAAAGACAUAGAGGAAUUGGGAAAUGCUGUAUCAAUUGAUGAUCUCCUCGGUGCCUUCAAUGAUGAGAAUACAUUCCCAACAUCUUUUCCAACCACAUCAAGUUCUUCUUUUAACUCUAAGUACAGUGGCACCCCAAAGUACACUGGAGGAACCUCACAAGGACAUCAGGACCUGGGUGCCAAUUUCACAUCUUAUAAUUCAAAUACUUUUGACCCUCUUUCAUUUAUCAAUUUUGAUAAUACUUCCUCUCAACCUCAAGAGAACACAAACUUGUCACACAUUUCACAAUCAGAGACCAGUGAUUGGCCAGUGACAAGCUCAGAUACAGAAGCUCAACUUGUAUCGUCAAGUGGGGCUCCCUUGAACUUCGUGUCCAGCAUUACAUGGAUUCCUGGACAGUCCAGCACCGUCAGUGAGCAGACACCUUCAGCAGGUAUCAUUUCCUCAUUCAUGAUCCACAAUGGUGUCUCAAGCAACACACAUCCUCAACAUACUGAAAUUUCCGCCUCUUCAAAUAAUCCCACACCCACUGAAACUUUGCCUGUUCAAGACAAUGUUGGGACAACGUUGACAACUUGCUCUGAAAGCUAUUCAAUCCAGAGCUAUGGGCAAGAAAAUCCUCUCCCCCAGGCAAUGGGUGGGUCAUCGCACUUCUGUCGUGAUGGACACCAACAGCAGCUAAAGCCAAAUAGUCAGCAUAUGUUCAUCAGCAAAAGUCGCAGACUUCGAGGGUCGCAACCUAAAGGUGAACAGCACGGCAUAACAAUGGAUUUGCCUGCUGACUUGUUAGACAUUGUGCUCGACAGUAUGAAAGAGACAGAGCAGCAUUAAGCGAGCAGAAAUGUUUUCGUUGGAGUGAUGGAAUGAAUGGCAUCAACUGUUGUGGUUAUGGGGCUUUCUUUUCCUUUUCUGUGUUCAGCAUUUGUUUGACAAUAAUUUGUAUUAUUUGGGAAUUCCAGUGGUUUUGUGGUUAGUGAGCCCAGGCUCCGAAACAAUGUUGUGAUGUCUCUUUAAGUGGGUAGGCAAAAUGUCUGGGCUUUUGUGAUACAGUACAAAACCUAUUCAGGUUAGAUUAAAGUAUGCCAUUUGUUUUACAAGUGUAUAAACACUGACAACAUUUCCACAUGUGCAGUUUUUUCCCUUGUUUUUAACAUUGAAAAAUGGAAAGAAACUGAAAGGAUGAUUUUUUGCACUUAAAUCAGAAGUUUUUAUGUCCCAGUGACUUUGACCUCCCUUUCAGCAAAGUUCAGGUCAAAUGUUCUUAAAUUGCUGUUGAUGUACAUGUAGUUGUUAUUGAUGAGGAUGAAGUGAAAUGAUAGCAAUGAUAUUGUCAAUGGUGAAGUUA